CUGGUUUUUAUCUUCUUACAAGUUACUUGGUUUUCUUCUUUUAAGCCAUGGAUUCUCAGCUCUUGUUUUCCCUUGUUCUAUUCUCUUCAUGGGUUUUCUUGGGCUUCUCUCAAAGCUCUGGAGGUGCUAGUGAUCCAACCGCAUGUAUAACUAAGCUACUCCCUUGCCAGGAUUCUAUAAAAAGUCCAGCGGCACCGCCGGCGUCGUGUUGUGUCCCAUUGAAGCAGAUGAUCAACGAUGAUCCACAAUGCUUGUGUGGUAUCUAUAACGACCCAUCGUUUCUAAAGAAUCUAAACAUAACACAGACUGAUCUCUUGUCGCUUCCAAAGGGAUGUGGUGUCAAAGUUGACAUGUCUGUGUGCAAAACAGCUCCUGGGGCUAGUUCACCUACUGCUUCAUCAGUUCCAGCAACUUCAAAUGGUACUAGUACCAGUAGCAACUCAACCAGUAGUAACUCUACUAGCAGUCCAACCAGCAAAAACUCAGCAGAUGGGAUCUCUCCUUUCAGUGGACUUGGUUUUAUUGCUACAUUUGUUACUUUAAUCUUGUCAGCAUUCUAGGAUCAUUAGUUCAGUUAGAUUAAAGGGGAUUUUCUUUUGUAAACCCCCCUCCCCCUUUCAAUAACCUCGUUUUUUUCCCUACAUGGAAUAGCAAACUAAUUUCUUGAUGUUCAAAAAAAAAAAAAAAAUUUGAUAAGAUAAAGUGAUGUCAUUUUAUUGUGUUUGGAUGAAUAUCAUGGAACAGAUAAGGACAUUUCGAACUUUCAAUAUAUAUAAGGAAAGUAAUGAUG